AUGUACGCCCCUGUUGGCGAGGGCCCCAGCAACCAUCGACCAUCCCUGGUCAGUCCAUGGUGGCUUCACCCGCCAGCUGGACGAACAGUUGGGCACGAGCGCGAUCAAGAAGGUAAAUACGCACUGGAAGGUGGCAGCGAGAGGGGUGGUGAAGGUCACGGAGUUGAAUCUAAGGGUGGCAUCAUGGACUCUGAUCAGCAACAGUUCUGCCUCAAGUGGAACAGUUUCGGCACGAAUCUAUUAACGGCGUCCUUGAACUUAUUCAAAAACGAGAGUCUCACCGAUGUCACCCUGUUCUGCGAGGGAGUUACGUUCAAGGCACACAGAUUAAUCCUCGCAGCAUGCAGCAAGCACUUUCAGGAGCUGUUCGAAGGAAUGCCGCCUUCUCCCGCGGGACUGAUCGUUAUUCUCGACGGGACGAGCGCCCACGAUAUGGAGUCCCUACUCGAAUUCAUGUACCGUGGCGAGGUACACGUGUCCCAGGAAUCCCUUACCUCCUUCUUCAAGGCAGCUGAAUGCCUUCAAGUUAAGGGUCUGUCGAUCGAGCAGGAGAAGCUGGCGGUAGCGCAGACGCACGCCGUGGAAAACAACAAUGCCUCCGCGGAUGUAGGAGGCGGCAGUGGCAACGGGGUUGGUGAUGGCGGCGGCAGCGGCGGUGGCGGUGGCGGUGGCGGUGGCGGUUGCGGCGGCGGCGGUGGUGGAGGCGGAGGCGGAGGCGGUGGUAGCGUCGGGGGUAACGUCGCCAGUGGCAUCGGCGGUGCCAUCGGCAGAAUCGGCAACGGGGGUGGCAGCGGCGGUGGCAACGGCGGAAGCGUAGGCGGAGGCGGUGGCGGCGGCGUCGGCGAAGUGAGCGACUUGAGCGAGGCGGGCGAAGCCACGAUGGUCAGGAACAUCAUGAAGAGGACCCCGACACCGGCACCGUCGCCCGCCCCGGCGCACACCGUGCCCAACUUGUACUCCACUCCUCACUACUACGAGAGCCCGCUGAAAAGGCUGAAGAGAUCGCCGAACAACGUCGAUAUGCUGGGACGAGCGAGCGUGUUGCGCGACGGCGCCGACUUCCGGCCCAAGUCCGCCCCGGACACGCUCUUGCUGGAGAGUCACUUGUACACGUCGUAUCCUUUUUCCUCGGAGACGCCCGCGCACCCACACACCGCGCCUCACACGCCCACGGAACUGGAGCAGAAGCUGGAGCGAGCGCGGUCCGAGGAGCGCAACAACUGUGAUCACCGAGAGAGCGUUGCCGAAGAUCUCCGGAUAAAGCAGGAGCCGGUGGCGAUGAGCGAUCAAGAGAGGGCGGACAAUCUGGCGGAGAGACUGUCCGGCGAGGCUUACACCGGCCGGGGGUACGACGGCAGCUCGUACAGCCAGAACUCGGACCAUCUGUUACAAGGAAGCCCGCAGCUGGGCCCGGCGGUGGUGACGAUGCCGCCAGCUCAUCCACCGACUCCCGACCUGAGUCCCGCGCCCACCACUCCCGCCGUCUGGAAGACGAGGGGCGGCACUGUCUCCACUCCUCACGGUCAGAAGAUGAAGUGCCCCUACUGCGAAAGACUGUACGGCUACGAGACGAACUUGCGUGCCCACAUACGACAACGUCACCAGGGCAUCAGGGUGCAUUGUCCGCAUUGUACACGCACCUUCACCAGGAAUAACACCGUAAGACGGCACAUCGCGCGAGAGCACAAGGACGAGGCGAAGACGGCCUUCAACCUGAAGGCAUUUCAGCAGUCCAAUCAUUCGCUCUCGGACAUUGUGCCGCAGUAACAACGUCUUCGGCGUCGCUGUCGUCUUCGUCGCCACCGCGGCCGUCGGUUGGUGCGUGCUACCGCCGGCCACCAGCGACAAACCCGUGUGUGAACAGCCGUGAGAGCUGUCCAGCGGGACCACCGGUCCACGGACAGUGCGAACGAGACGAGACGAGACGAGAGAGGAGAGGAGAGGCUGCAGUAGGUACCUUCGUUUCCCCUUUGUCGUCGUCAGCGAACGCCGUCCCGGUCCCUCGUCGUGAGGACGAGGGCUCUCUCCGUGCGCUCCCGUCGAUGUUGAAUGUCUCGCGCCACGAAGGAGGACGUUUGCCAAGAUCAACGGACGAGAUGGCUAGGAUUAGAUUAAUAGAGGAGGCGCAGAGGCGCGAGAAACGAGCGCGGAGCACAAUGCGCACAGAGCAGCGCCUCUCGGACACACGCUCGCGAAAAGACAACGCUACGAACCACAAAACUAGUCAAUGAAAGUGCAACGGUCAUGUAAGGUUUAUUAACUAGAGCUUUUUAACGGGCGACAGAGAGAGAGAGAGAGAGAGAGAGAGAGAAAG